GUCAGUUGGGAAAGAAACACCUCACUGAAAGCUUCUCUACCUCCUUUCAACCUUUGGUUAUUUUAAAACCCGUUGUUACCAACUUUUAAAAUCAAUCUUUCGUAUCUUCACCGAAGUGUCUACAACUGUUCACAGUACGUGUCAUACGUGGGACGUCGUGUUUCAACUCGUUUUUCAGACGCAGAAUCUGACCUCGGAACGUGCUAACGUUAGCUCAGCAGCUAGCCACCAUUCACUCGAUUAAACAUCGUAUAAAUCAUGGAUCAAGCGGUAGUCGCAACACAAACACCGAAGAGUCCGUGGGGUUCAGUGGCCCCGGCGGCUCCAUCCUGCUCACUGGCUGAUGUGAUGAGCGAGCAGCUGGCCAAACAGCUGGACGAUGAAAACAACGCCUUCCCGACACUCACCGAUCCAGCAGCAGAUCUGUUGCUGUCAGAGGAUGCUGGUGAUACAACCAGUGACCUGAUGCUCGCUCAGAUGCUGCAGAUGCAGUUUGACCGCGAGUUUGAUAAUCAGCUCCGACUGGAGGAGAAGAAGUUCAACGGAGACAGCAAAGUGUCCAUCUCUUUUGAGAACUACCGUAUGGUCCAUCCCUACGAAGACAGCGACAGCUCCGAGGACGAGGUGGACUGGCAGGACACGAGACACGACCCCUACAAAGCUGAUAAGCCCCAGACGACACCCAGGAGAGGCUUCACCGGCAAAGGCAAAAACAUCACAACCAAACACGACGAGGUGGUGUGCGGACGCAAGAACACGGCACGCAUGGACAACUUUGCUCCUGAGAUCCACGUCGGUGACGGCUUGGGGAUGGACCUGAAGCUGUCCAACCAGGUGUUUAACUCUCUGAAGCAGCACUGCCACAGCGAGCAGAGGCGCAGCGCCAGACUGCACGAGAAGAAGGAGCACUCCACAGCUGAACAAGCCGUGGACCCUCGCACUCGCCUGCUCAUGUAUAAGAUGGUGAACUCCGGCGUGCUGGAGAACAUCAACGGAUGCAUCAGCACAGGAAAAGAGGCUGUCAUCUUCCACGCUAAUGGAGGGAGUCUGGAGGAGCAGCCCGUUCCCGACGAGGUGGUGCUGAAGGUUUUCAAGACGACACUGAACGAGUUUAAGAACAGAGACCGCUACAUCAAAGAUGACUACCGCUUCAAAGAACGCUUCAGCAAACUGAACCCACGCAAGGUCAUCAAGCUGUGGGCCGAGAAGGAGAUGCACAACCUGGCCAGGAUGAAGAAGGCAGAGAUCCCCUGUCCAGAGGUGGUGCUGUUGAAGAAACACAUCCUGGUGAUGUCGUUCAUCGGUAAAGAUCACGUUCCUGCUCCCAAACUCAAAGACGUCACGUUGAGCUCAGAGGACAUGAAGAACGCUUUCUACCAGGUCCUACAUAUGAUGCAGGUGUUGUAUCAGGAGUGUAAUCUGGUUCAUGCUGAUCUGAGUGAAUACAACAUGCUGUGGCACGAGGGAAAGGUUUGGUUGAUUGAUGUCAGUCAGUCCAUCGAGCCCACCCACCCUCACGGCCUGGAGUUCCUCUUCAGAGACUGCAGGAACGUUUCAACGUUCUUCCAGAAGAGAGGGGUGAGCGAGGCGAUGAGUGUGUACGAGCUUUUCAACGCCGUGAGCGACCUGAACAUCCCCGUUGGUGCCGAGGACGAGGCUGAGUUCAUGGCCGAGAUCGUGGCGUUGGAGAAGAGAAAUGAAGACCACGUGCAGAAGCGAGGAAAGAAAACCUUCCCUGUCUCCUCUGAAGACUGCGACCCUCCUUUAGAACCCGACGCAGAUGAUUAACGCCCCGCCCAGCUCGCUCUCUCUUCACGACCCCGCCGUGUUGAAAACGCCGCAACUAGGAGAUGAACGGAGGAGGCUCCUGGAGGACCCGGAGCCUCUCCCUCCAACUCUCCCACCACCCUUUUAACCCCCCACCCCCAACAACCACUGCCUCCUUUACUGAGGCAGGACGGAGCGCCUCCUCCUGGCUGCAGGAGGGACGAGUUUCACUGUGUUGGAUGUUGAAGUCGGAGCGUUCUGGCUGCUGAGAGGCGCCGACAGAGUUUGCUGAGGCUGAGACCUCAUCUCUAAUCCUCCUGCCGAUACUGACCCACACUCUUUGUUCUCUUUUUCUUUUUUAAGAAUCAUGACCUCAGACAGUUCCUCCUCCAUCCUGCUGGAUGGAGAAUACAAACAAAUGAACUUCAGCUUUGCUUAAACUCUCAGAGAUUUAUUUAAAUUUAAACUGAAAGUUUGUAAAGAUGGCCGCUGAGUCAGGCUGAAGUUGAGGAACUUCAGGGAUAAACUAAGGUUGUCAAAGUAACGGAUUUAUAAACAUAGGUGUCGAUAUCUAUGACCUUAACUAGGAACAGAUCUGUUUCGAUACCAUGACAGCUAGUGCAGGUCAGAGGCUCAAGUCUUAAGUUUCUCAAAGCUUCUGUACUAUAAUGCUAUCAAUCAUAAACAAUCAUGAAAGUAAUUGUAAAUUUAAGUCAUGUGGUAUCCAAAAGUAUCAAACAUUUUGACAACCUUUGGUUCAACUAUCCAGAGGAUAACAAACUCUUUCCCUUUUUAAGGGGACAGUAAAAGAUAAAAUGAAAAGAAAGUCAGGUUUUAUUCAUCCUGUAGC